AUGAUGCGGGUUGCGGGUGCACGGUCGCAAACUCGGCUGGUAACACUUCUACAGCGUGGUUACCACAAGAACGUCGUUGACCAUUACAACAAACCUCGUAAUGUUGGAUCGUUCAACAAGAACGACCCGAAUGUCGGCACAGGUCUAGUGGGUGCUCCGGCUUGUGGUGACGUCAUGAAGCUGCAAAUCAAGGUCGACGAAAACGGAAAGAUUGUCGAUUCCUGCUUCAAGACCUUUGGGUGCGGAUCGGCGAUAGCUUCUUCUUCCGUCGCCACGGAAUGGGUGAAGGGGAAGUCAGUGGACGAGGUCAUGACAAUCAAGAACAGUGAUAUCGCCAAGCAUCUCUCCCUACCCCCAGUGAAGCUGCACUGUAGCAUGCUGGCAGAGGAUGCGAUCAAGGCAGCAGUCAAGGAUCUUCAAAACAAGAGAGGGGUAGCUGAUAGUGAGGAUGUAAGUGCUGGUGCUGCUGCUGUGCAAGCAGCUUGA